UUGAAUUUCAUUGUAGUCACACAAUGUUGAAGUUUGUGGUAUUGUUGUCGUUCGCUGCUUGCGCCUUCGGUGCUGCCAUUCCUGAGGGCAUGCUGCCCCAGUUGGAUGGUCGUAUUGUUGGCGGCUCCUCCACCACCAUCAGCUCGUUCCCGUGGCAGAUCUCUCUGCAGCGCAGUGGCUCUCACUCCUGCGGUGGCUCUAUCUACAACUCCAAGAUCAUUGUGACUGCUGCCCAUUGUCUGCAAAGUGUAUCCGCUUCAUCCCUGAAGGUGCGCGCUGGUUCCACCUAUUGGAACUCUGGCGGUACCCUCGUCGCUGUUGCUGCAUUCAAGAACCACGAAGGCUACAACGCCAACACCAUGGUCAACGACAUUGCUGUCAUCCGCCUGAGCUCCGCUCUGAGCUUGAGCUCUACCAUCAAGGAAAUCGCUCUGGCCACUAGCGCUCCCGCUAAUGGCGCCGCCGCUUCUGUGUCUGGCUGGGGCACUCAGGCUUCUGGAUCCAGCUCUAUCCCUACCACCCUUCAGUAUGUCGAUGUGAAAAUUGUCAGCCAAGCCCAGUGUGCCUCCAGCACCUACAGCUACGGCUCUGAGAUCAAGUCCAGCAUGAUCUGCGCUGCUGCCAGCGGCAAGGAUGCUUGCCAAGGUGAUUCCGGUGGCCCAUUGGUUUCCGGUGGAAAACUGGUCGGUGUCGUAUCCUGGGGCUAUGGCUGCGCAGCUGCCAAAUACCCCGGUGUAUAUGCCGAUGUUGCAGUCCUCCGCUCCUGGGUGGUCAGCGCUGCUGGUUCCGUUUAAGAAGUAACUUCAAUAAAAAACAUUGCAGAAAGUA